UCUUCGACGGCCAUCAUUCUCUUCAUUCUGCGUGCAAAGACGACAUACCGGUAGAAGUAAAGUAUCAGGUAGCAGAACAUUGAAGCAUGAAGCCAUUGACAAGUCUUUCAUUGACGGUGUUGGAUAGAACAGCGUCCAGAGGGUUGGGAAAGGCACUUCCGACCGGAUCUCGUGCAUUGAGCACAUUCCUUGGAACCAACUACUCGAAUGGCUUGCAGCAUCGACACCGUUCUCUCCAGACGAAUGCAGCCAAGACAGUGCAUUUUCACAGUACGAGCAACCCAUGGUCUUCUCCAUUCGACACCAGUUCCAAGGAAUCCGCAACGACUACUGCGGUGAAGAAGUCCAAGCGAAGAAAAUUCGUUCCACCCAAGGCAGCAGUCAAACUGACCGACAAGGCCCGAAAAUUCUUCAAGUUGCUGUUGGAAAAUCCACCAAGACCUGAUAUCGUAGGUGUAAUGCUGAACUAUGAUCAGGCAUCUAGCGGCCAACCUCGCAUGGUUUUCUCAUUUGACUUUGUAAGCCAAGAUCAGAUAGCCGAGGAUGAUGAAGGUGUGUCUCUUGAGUUGCUUGAUGACGGUACUCCAAAGCCACCCAAGGAUAGCAUGGAUGAUGGCCUACCCAAGCUCUAUAUCAACCACAACGGAUUUAUGAAGGCUCUGGGUUGCACAGUGGACAUUGACAUCGAACAAAUGAAGCCUAUCCUAUACGACCCAUCGGGAAAUGAAGUGAACCCAAAUGUAUAGUUAGUUGUCCUUGUUGAUAACAGCACUUACUCCAGUACCGAUACAGUUCCCCGCAUACGUUGUGGCACAAUGGCCUUCUCGUCGAGAGCGAUGCACAUCGUAGAGA